AUGGGCACUGAGGCCUUCAAGAAGUGGCUCGAGCAGCAAACGGAAGCAGCAAGAGCAGCAGCAGAAACCAUUGCUGCUGCUCUCAGCAGCUUGCCUGCUGCAGCACCAGAAGCUCUCGCCCCCACCAAACAAGCCAAAGAAAUAUAUGCCGAAGCUCUUCUGGGGGCUUCCGCUGCUGCAGCAGCAGCCCUCAACGCCCUCGACAAGUAG